AUGGUCAUUUUUCUUGAAAAGCACUAUUCGCCGCAUUUAGAAAGGAAGUUUGAAGUUUGCCUUCUGUACUUUUUCAAAGCAAUUAAUAUCAGAUUUCCAUACACUCAACAAGCAUUCAACUUGUUACAUGAAAAGUUGUCGAUAGUUCAGAAUGACCAUCAACAGGAUUUUAAAGCCUUUUCCAUGCUUUUGUUUGUUCCUUCACAAAUGACUUUAAUGGAAUCAUAA